AAAACAACAUUUAUUAGUGAUAGUGAACAAACUUAUAUUCGAUCAACUAUAUAUAUAGUCCAGCUUUUAAAAAAAGUAAGCACCCAAGUAAUUAAAUUCAGCUUUCUUCCAAGAAAUCAUGGAGAGAGUGUUUAGCUUGCUUUACAAAGCUGCACGAGAAGGGAAUGUCACCACUUUACGACAACUUCUUGAACAAGACAGUUUGAUUCUCGAUAGGCUCAUCAUCAUCAACAACAAUGGUUUCUCAGAGACUCCACUUCAUGUGGCGGCCAUGCUCGGCCAUGCAGAUUUUGUCAAGGAGAUCAUCACUCACAAGCCCGAACUCGCCAAGGAACUUGACAUUUGGCGCUCAACGCCACUCCACCUAGCAGUGGCGAAAGGCCACCUUGAGACGGUCAGAGUACUGCUUUCCACGGCUGAUCACGAGCUCAUGUCUUCUACUUGGGAUGGAGAAGGGAGAAAUCCUCUCCACCUUGCGGCCAUGAGACGGCGACUCGAUGUGCUGAGAGAGCUGCUCAAAGUGGCUCCCGAGGGUAUUUGGGUCAAUUUGAAGGAUUGA